UGUCACUGCACUGCUUAGCCUGUCAGUCAGUACUAUGACCACUUCCUGUGGGAGAAUGAAGAAACACUCCCAGCCCUCAUUUCAGUCUAGACCCUUAGCAGAAAGGAUGUCUCUGCUGCUCUGAUGUAAUGAUAUUUUUAAGAGUACAGGAGAAUGAAGGAAGAAAUGCAGGCCUGUAUUUUCUACAUUCAAGUCGGACACAGCAGGCUUUUGAAAGGGUACCCUGCUUUUUUUGACGUGCAAGCCAAAUGCACAUGCAAGAGUUCCUGCUAAGCUGAUCUAUUGUCACUGUAUCUAUUAUUUUUUGCAAGGUAAAAGGUACAUGCAUGGAAAACAUCCACACCCACUGGCAAUUUCCAAAAGGCUACCUGAAAUAGUUUCUCUUCCCUACUUACCACUUGCUUAUAAAGCAUUCAAAUUAUGCUUAUAUGUGGCAUCCAAUACUAAGGGUUAGCUUUUCUUCUGAUGACUCUCCCACGAAGAUCUGUUUUAUAUUUUGCUAUUAAAAAAGCUACCUACUAGUGACUGAAUGUACCUUGGAAAGCUUCACGUCACCUUCUCCAUUGUGUUCUGCUGCAUUUCCUACCUUAAAGUCAAUUAAAAAUGUUGAAGGAGAGUGUGAAUUAUUCAAAUUGUUCACCCAAUAAAUCAGAUAGCUUACUACUGGAAGAGUGCCAUCGAGAACUUGAGCGGUUAAAAAGAGAAUUGGAAAAUGAAAAAUUAAAAACACAGGAUGUCCAUAAAAAGUGCAGUAUGGAAUUAAGGAGAUACAAAGAAGCAUCAGAAAGAGAGAAGAACAAAUUGGCAAAUGAUCUGAAAUCAAAGUGGGAACAGCAGAAUGCACGUGAACUCCAACAACUAAAAGACUCAAUACUGCGAGACAGGGAGCUAGAAAUAAAGCAACUAUUGCGUAGUAAAGAGGAGCAGCUAAAGGAAAUGCAUGCAUUGCUUCAGAAGGAGCGAGAUGUAGCAGUGAGGCAAGCCAGAGAACUCCAAAAGCAGUUAGCUGAAGAGUUGCUCAACAAAGGCUAUUCAAGAAAGGCAAGCAAUACAAAGAAAAAAGAGGUCAACUCUGAGAGUGUUGAAUGUCGAUGCAAACUUCAAGAUGUCCUAUCAAAACUUCGAUGGGAAUAUGAUGGAGAACAGGCUGCUAGUAUACGACACCUAAAAAUGGAGUUACAGCUAGAAAGGCAUUUUUUCUUGAAAUACAUUCUUGAAAAUUCCAGAAUAAACAUCUCUACUUUACCCCAGGUUAGAACAAAGCCCUGUGAGUCUGGUGAGAGAAAAUAUGGGCGCUAUUCUUUAGGUAGCCAUUCUGUGAAGCUUCAACAUCAAGACCUUAUGCCAUCCAAGGUAAAGUCUCCUGAUAACACAUCACCUGUAGUUUUAGGUAUAAAGUACUUAGAAUGGGCAUCCCCAGAAAUUGACUCUACAUGCAGUUCUUUUAAAGGAAAAUGCUGGGACAUUAAUGCUGGUGAUCUAGUAAUGCCAAAGACAUCUGCAAACUUCAGCGACAUUAAUGCUGGUGAUCUAGUAAUGCCAAAGACAUCUGCAAACUGCAGCGACGAUUUCCCAUUAAAUAAGCACUUUGCAUCAGAAAAUGAAAUAAUUUCGGUGGCUUUUCCAUAUAGUUAUUCAAAACCAUCUUUUGAGAACACUGAUGAGCAACCUACUGAUGUCUCUAGCUGUACAUCAGGAAUAGAAGCUAAUGACUUAAGGCAGUUAUUGGAUGUGCUGGAUCAUAGUCUUCCCCAUAUUGCAACAAAGAAGAGUAUUAAUACUUUGCAAGAGAGACUGAUUGACAGAGACUGUUCUCAGUUAAAACAAGAAGACUUGCUCAAUGAGCUGAGGGUUUUGGAACAACGCUGUAAUGCUUUGAAAGAGGAAAAUAUAACACUGAGGAAGAACUGUUUUCCAGAGACAGAGGAGAAAGUAAAACGACUGAAAAGAAAGAACGCAGAGCUUGCAGUCAUUGCCAAACGCUUAGAGGAAAGAGCAAAGAAGCUACAAGAGGCCAAUCUGAAAAUGGUUAAUACUCCUAUGCACCUUAAAGGACCAAGUCUUGAAGUAUGUAAAAAAGCUUUUGCACGUCAGCGAGCCAAAGACAUGGCUGAGCAGGCUUGUGCUCUGUUGGCAAAGGACAAACAAAUUGCAUUACUGAAACAAGAAUGUCUGGAGUUGCAAGCCAAGCUGACGCUGGGGAAGGAGUGCUCAAGUUUGUUCAAGCUGAGUGACUUUGACCGCCUGCUGCGAGAGUCUCAAAAAGAAGUCUUACGGCUACAGAGGCAAAUAGCAAUCAAAUAUUUAAAGGAAUCUCUUCACGUGUCAAAAUCAGAUUCCCAGAGUUGCAGUUCUGAUGCUGUAUCCAUUGAUUCCUAUUUUCAGUCAGAUCAAGUCAAAGAGAGUCCUGACAAAACAAAGGUGGCUCCAUUAGGCGAUGGAAUCAAGGAGCUGGAAUUAAAAAAGAAGAGAAAAGAAUGCGAAAUUUUAGAGCAAGAAGUGAAGAAAAAGCAAAGGAGAUGUGAAGAAUUGGAAACAAAGCUUCAGGAGGUUCAGACAGAGAAUGCUCGACUAGUGGAAGAAAACUCACAACUAAGCAGCAGAGUAAAAUGGGCAGGAAAGGUCGAAACAGAGAAUGCUGACCUAAAAGGACACUUGACUGAGGUGACUGCACAACGAGAUUCUGCUCUUAAAGACAGUCAUCAACAGCAAAGCAAACUGGAUAACCUAGAGCAAGUGCUGAAGCACAUGCGAGAUGUGGCAGAGAGAAGACAACAGCUAGAAAAAGACCAUGACGAUGCACUGACUGCUCUACAGAAAAGGCAAGAAGAAGUAAAACUUCUCCAGGAGGCUCAGGUUGAAGCAAAGAAAGAGCAUGAAGAAGCAACCAAGCUUCUUGAGCACACUUUGGAUAGCCUGCAGGCAAAAGUAAAAACUUUAGAAGAAAAGUGUCGUAGCCAGACAGAGCAGUUUAGUCAACUCUCUCAGGAGCUAGAAAGAUUCCGCCUACAAACUGGAGAUAUCGGUCUCCUCACCUCCACUCUGGUGACUUCGGACUUGCCUCCUCCUCAGUGCUGCUCUACACCUGGGGUGCCUCAAGUCAAGCAAGACUUUAUAGAUGAAUUUUCGUCAUGGGAAAUUAUAAGUUUAGUAGACUUUAGCAUCAGCAGCACCUUCAGUUUUGUAUACGUCUCGUUGGAGGAUAACACAGAACCAGUGAAUGAUGGGAAAAUUAAGAAGGAUGAGUCUGAUAAAGAAAGGCCAAUACCGCAACUGCUUGACUCAAGCUGUGAAAAUAGAAUGUCCGAGGUCCACAAUAAUGCUGUUGCCAAAGAAAAACAUAAGCUUGAAGCCCCACAGAGCUCAUCUAAGUCUGAAUCUGUUCAUGAAAGUCCAACAUAUUGUCCCACACCAGAGGUGGAUACCGCAAGUGAAAUGGAGGAUUUGGAUGCUGAUAGCAUUUCAUUAAAUCCAGAACCUGAAAGCCGUUUUCCUGCCAAGUUACACGUUUAUCUUGCUCGCUACAGCUACAAUCCAUUUGAUGGACCUAAUGAAAACCCUGAAGCCGAAUUGCCUCUUACAGCUGGAGAAUACAUUUAUAUCUAUGGAGACAUGGAUGAUGAUGGAUUUUAUGAAGGAGAACUGAUGGAUGGGAGACGUGGACUUGUUCCUUCCAAUUUUGUUGAACGCGUGUCAGAUGAUGAUCUGAUAGCCUUUCAGCCUGCUGAGAUAAAUGAACUGUCACAGAGCUCUGGGCAGGACAUUAGCUUUUUAAGUGGAAGUAGCAAUGAGAGAAGUGAAGAUGGAAGCAGCCUUAGCCCACUGCCAUGUGAAAUGCAAGGAACAAGUGAGAGAGCUCCCGAUAUCUUAGCCGUGCCUUACCCCCGAAAGCUGGCGAUCAUCAAACAGCUAGCCCGAAGUAUUGUUGUUGGCUGGGAGCCUCCCUUGGUAACAGCAGGUAGCGGAAAUAUUCAGAGUUAUAAUAUUUACGUGGAUAAUGAACUUAGACAAAAUGUGAGGUGCGGAGGGCAAACGAAAGCCUUGAUUGAGAAGCUGGAGCUGAAAACCCGUACUUAUCGUAUUUCCGUGCAAAGUGUGACAGAGGAUGGUUGCUCAGACAGAAUGCGUUGCACUCUUCUUGUGGGACAUGGGUAUUCGCUUGCACCCACUCAGCUGCGUGUUCGCAGCCUGUCAGCCACUUGUGCUGAGAUCACCUGGCAGCCAUGUAAUAGCAACUACUCACAUGCCUUGUAUAUGAAUGAUGAAGGAUGCGGACUGACAAAGGCUGGGACUUACUGGUACAGCUUUAGCAGUCUUAGGCCAUCAACUUUGUAUAAUGUGAAGGUAGAAGCGCAACCUCAGAGAAUUCCCUGGGAGCUGCCGCUUGAGAGACGUGAGCAAAAGGCUACAGUCAUGCAGUUGACAACUCCUUCAGCAGGUCCUCCUGAUGCUCCCCUUGAUGUUCAGGUUGAAUUAGGUCCAACACCAGGUGUUCUUCUGAUAAGUUGGUUGCCAGUGACAAUUGAUGCUGCAGGUUCAUCAAAUGGGGUGCGGGUUACUGGCUAUGCAGUGUAUGCUGAUGGGCAGAAGGUCCUGGAAGUUACCUCUCCAACUGCUGGCAGUGUGUUGGUUGGCAUGUCACAUCUGCAGCUGCUGCAGGUGUCGAAGGAAAUAUCUGUUAGAACUAUGUCCCCAAGUGGAGAAUCUGGAGAUUCAGUGCCAGCAAAGAUCCCUUCUGCCUUGCUUAAUAAUCCUGACUGUUCAUCCUUGUUAAACCCAUUUUCUAAUAGCCUUAUCAAUGAGCCAGCAAUGGAGAAGUCCUUAGAUGCUUGUUUCGAUAAAUUUCCCUCAAAGCCUCUUACUUCGUCUUCCCCCUGUUCACUACCCAGUACACUUGACACAUGCACCAAAGCCAAAUUUUCAAUCCAUACAAGCUGCAGCAGAGAGAAAUCGAUGGACUCACUGCCAGUACGGAUAUCUCCACUUCUUCUGCAAUCUCCACUCAGUGCUUCCUCUGGCUCUAGCCAAGGAUCUUCCGGAUCUGACUGUUUAGAGCCAAUGGUUUCACAGGAUGGCAUACAUGAAAAUGCACCCCCAGCUUUAGUCCAGACUACAUCCGUUCCAGUUAGUGGAAGUGUUCAGCCUUUGGAAAGUGCUCCUGAUAGUGUAGAAAUAUCCAGAAUCAAUUUACAAGAAAAAGAAUCAAAAUUCCUUAAAGAAAGUGUGGAACUUUCAGACACCAAACAUUCUGAUAUCAAGGCAGUAACCACCAGUCUGCAGAGCACGAUUGAAGUCGGUAAAAUGUGGAACAACAACAGUCUGACUGAAAGUAAAACAUCUGCCAAAGAAGACUGCUCAAGCCCAGAGAUGGAGUAUUUGGAAGAAGAAAAUAAGAGAAGUGGUAAUCGAGAGAUCUCCAUUGAGGACUUUCUUGCAGAAGGGCAAGAGAAAACAACUACAAAUAAUUGUACUAAUGAAGUCCUGGAACAGGAGCUAUCACUGCCCGAACCAACGCUUUCUCAUCUGGAACACAGUCGUAGUUCUACACUUUCUGACAUUAUGGAGGAAGAAGAAGAUGAUAAUCCUGAGGAAGAAGACAGUCCUAAAAUAAAAAAGAUGGGCGUGAAGGGUCAUUGUGAGACUUCAUCAAAGUCGGAGUGUUGUGAGACAGACAGUGAUGAGGAAAUUCUUGAAAGGAUAUUAGCUCUCCCCUUACAGAAACACUGCAGCAAGAAACUUUUUAGCAUUCCUGAAGUAACUGAGGAAGAAGAUGAAGAGGAGGGGGUGUAUUGUAAACCACCUCUAGCAAAGACCACAGUGCAUGUACAUGAAACUUGCCAUGAUCUGGCUCCUGAGCACUGUGGGAAAGAGAGACUAUUAAAAAACAAAGACUGUGCCUUGGAAGAUGGUGCAUUACUAAAUCAGGAUUGGGAUCUGAAACCAAAUCUAUUCAUAUCUCAACAUCAGCAUGAGAAUACGAAGGCCUCUGUCUAUGGUAGUCCAACAUGUAACACAAAGCGAAGCUACUCUCUGACUGACAGGGCUAACUCUUGCCCUGAAUCAAACAGAAAAAAGCAGGGCGAUGCUCGGGAACAAUGUAGCCGUAUGGUUGCAAAUUCCAACCAGAAUGUAUUCAGUCCACGAAGCCACAACCAGAAAGAGCAGGGAUUAUAUAAUACUGCUAAACACAAUCCCCAAGUUAAACAAAAAAAUAGCAAAAGCAAUCCCCGAAAAUGUUCUCAAAGACCACAGUAUUCGGAUUAUACAGAAGUCAAAAUAAAAAGGGCAUCCAGUUAUGGUAGCCCAAAGGCGUUGGAAAUUGACAUUGAAUAUGAUACGGAGGAUGAGGAGGACUCGUCUGUUUUCCAGUGUUCAAACCAGAGCAGGUCUAACAUAUGGGAGGACAGUUCCCAAACAGAGAAAGAUGGCUGGAGUGACUGUUCUAGCCAAUCUGAGCCAAUCCUGCAUAGUAAAAAAAGAAAGGCAUUAAAAAGACAGGUCAAAGUACAAGAUAAUGGCACAGAGAAAGCUCUUGUCCACAACAUUCAGGGAGGGAGGCAAGGCAGCAGGAAUGAUGAUCCGUGUAGCAGACUUGGAAGCAAUAUGAUUGUACAUACAGCUGGAUGGGACUGUACUGGAAAGGAUGGCUGGAACGGAAACAACACUCCAUCAUCACUCCUGGACUAUCAAGAGGCACCAUCACAAGACAGGGCAACAGAGACAAGUCAGCUGACAGGCUCUGAAUCAGAAUAUCAUCAAGAGGGAGUUCCAAAUAAAGAGCAAAACCCCUUAAAACCACAAAUGCUGGAUACGGCAAGGAUAUUUGUUGCCCUUUUUGACUAUGACCCAGUUUUCAUGUCACCUAAUCCUGAUGCAUAUGAAGAAGAGGUACCAUUUAAAGAAGGGCAAAUUUUACAGAUUUUUGGAGAUAAGGAUGCUGACGGAUUUUACUAUGGAGAAUGUGCUGGUAAAACAGGAUACAUUCCUUGUAACAUGGUUUCAGAGUUGCACAUUCAAAGUGAAGACAUCCAAGCGCAACUAAUGAAACAGGGCUGGGUUACAUCGCCCAACUUACUAAACGAUUUGGAAGAGAUCAGAGCUUUCUCUCCUCCACAUCCCUCUCCUUCUCUUGCUCCCUCUGGCUGCCUCAUCAUCCCUCCUCCAAAACCCCGGCGCUCCAAGAAAGUGGAAAUUGCGCCUGUUCCAGAUGUGACGAAUGUACCAGAAAAGAGCAGAAAAACGCACCAUGAUCUGAGUGUUCCCAAACAAAUGGUGGCCAUAUUUGAUUAUAACCCCAGAGAAAACUCUCCAAACAUGGAUGUUGAGGCAGAACUGAGCUUCAUUGCAGGUGAUCUCAUAACUGUGUUUGGACCAAUGGAUGACGAUGGCUUUUAUUAUGGAGAGAUAAAUGGGCAAAGAGGACUUGUACCUUCCAAUUUCUUGGAAAGUGCCCAGCCCCAAGUAGAAGCAUCAGAAGCACAUGUGGCUCCUCAUGAAAGAGAUGAUACUGAGUUAAGGGUCGAAGCUCCCGUUGAUCCUUCAGCUUCUCCUAGUGAAGAUGCUGUUUCUGGUGGACAGGCAGCUAAUUACAAGCAAAUACCUGAGAGACAACACUCAUAUCAAGGCAUUACAUCCAACAAAAAGAAGAAAAGUUUAUUCUCCAAAGGACGAAAACUCUUUAAAAAGCUAGGAUCUUCUGGCAAGAGCUUGUAGAUACCCCAUCGACAUCCAUCCAGCAAUAACCCCACUUCUGCAGGAGGUCGUUAAAAGCUUCUUUUUUUUUUUCCAUUGCAGUCCCUCUGCUGACAUCGAUAGGUAUUGUCACUUGUAAAUAGUAUUAUUUAUUGUUUAACAGUUAAAGGUUUCUUGGUGUCUGUGACAGCAAGAGUUAAUAAGGAAUGUAAAGUAUAUGGUGGUGUGUGGAUAUAGAGUGACGACUGAAGUAUUAAAAAUUAUUCCAAGCAAUCUGUGGGUUCUGGCAAAUGCCAGAGGGGCUACUGCAAGUUCCAAUAGACAGUCACUAUUUUAUGGGCUGGUGGGGGGGGUGUGUGUGUAUUUGAAAUGCCAGGGCCUAUUUUGAAUUUCAGUCCAGGCCUGAUUCCAAGCACUAAAGAAUUAUAGGAUAUACCACAGGGAUUUUCAAGCCUGCUUCAUGGCUGGGCACUUGUGCACUAGGUAUAUGACUGCCUUUUACAACAACAACACGGAAUGUUUGCACUAUAUCUUCCCCCUCACUGGACUCCCAGCUUGAGUGUUAAGCAUUAAAAAAAGAGGGGAGAAAAAAAAGGCCAAAGUAGCAACCUUGGCAAAAGUAUGAUAAUAGCGCUUAUCCCUUCUUAGGAAUAAUAACAGCAGCUUUUUUUUAUGUUGGGUGCAUGUUGGUAAAAUGUUCAUUUGCCUUAUUUUUAUCUUCUUAAAUAUUUUAAUUGUUUACAAUGUUGUAACUGCUGUGGGGAAAAAGUAACCAGGCGUUUGGGGUUGGAGCAAUGGAGAUCGGCAGAAGGGAAGUCGGGAUUGUACUCCUAUGUUCGCUGAUGCUGACCGUCCCACAUCAGAGCCAUUAUAAUGUAUACAUGUGACCAGCAUUUUGUACCACGUGGCCAGCAUUCGAUGCUUUCUGUGCUCAUACUAUUUAUUUUGCAUGUUUCAUUAAAAAAAAAACUGAACUUGUUAGAAAGUGUUUGGAAACGCAAAGUGACGCCCGUUGGUGUUGCAACAUGCCCAUUGUUUACAAUUCAAAUACAUUUUAUUAUAAUAAAGUAUAUUUUCACAGUU